AUGGCCGACUCCGGACCCGUCACCAUCAGGACCUCGAAGUUCAUCACGAACCGCCUGCUUAACCGCAAGCAGUUCCUGCUUACGAUCACCCACCCCACCCGCGCCAACCUCUCGCGCGUCGAGCUCGGCGAGCGCCUUGGCCAGCUUUACAAGGCUGACAAGGAGCGCGUCGUCGUCUUCGGCCUCCGCACCAAGUUCGGCGGCGGUGUCACCCAGGGCUUCGGUCUCGUCUACGACGACGAGGAGUCGCAGAAGGCCUUCGAGCCCAAGCACCGUCUCGUCCGCUCCGGCCUCGCCACCAAGGUCGAGAAGGCUUCGCGCAAGCUUCGGUGCGUUCGCGGUACCGCCAAGAAGUCGGCUGGCGGCGACAAGAAGAAGUAA